CUGCAGAGGAAAGGGGAGGAGAGGGAAAGGCAGCAGCAGCACUAGAGUAGUGUACACUGAUCAUGUGACUGGGGACAACACAAAGCUCCGGGCUGCACUUCCCGACACAGGACAGCCGCACACAGCCCUGCUGCCGCCAGAGAUAUACCGCUACCGCUACGCCGCUCACUGAAGCAGGAAGGGGGGAUAGGAGAGAGGCGGCGCUGCUGCUGCUGGGAGUGUGGGAGGAAAUGAGAAGAGGGUGUAAUUGAGUACAUAGAGAGCAGCCCACACUGAGGAGGGGGAGGCAAGUCCUUUAUGGUGAGAGAGGGAGGCAGGAGCCGGCUGUAUGCAUGCUGCAGGAGACGCAUCUCUCAGGAGACGAGACUAGUAGCUACUGAGCCAGGUGACCCGCUGCUCAUCCCCCCCGAGUCCCGCUGCCUGCCGCCACGCCGGUCAUGUCUUCCCCGCUUCCCAAGAAGGGCUUCUACAGGCAGGACAUCAACAAGACCAUAUGGGAGGUGAAGGAGAGGUACCGGGACCUGCUGACUGUUGGAUCUGGAGCCUACGGCGCUGUCUGCUCUUCUAUUGACAAUAGAACUGGAAUAAAAGUGGCCAUCAAGAAGCUGUACCGUCCUUUUCAGUCUGAGCUCUUUGCAAAACGAGCAUAUAGGGAGCUGAGACUUCUGAAGCAUAUGCAACAUGAGAAUGUAAUUGGGCUGCUGGAUGUAUUUACACCUGACCUGUCACUGGAGAAGUUCAAUGACUUUUAUCUGGUUAUGCCAUUCAUGGGCACAGACUUGGGCAAGAUAAUGAAGCAUGAGAAACUAUCGGAAGAUCGAAUACAAUUUCUUGUAUAUCAGAUUUUGAGAGGGUUAAAGUACAUCCAUUCAGCUGGAAUAAUCCAUAGGGACCUAAAGCCUGGAAACCUUGCCGUGAAUGAAGAUUGUGAGCUAAAGAUCCUGGAUUUUGGACUGGCGAGGCAUACAGACAGUGAAAUGACAGGUUACGUGGUGACCAGAUGGUACCGAGCCCCAGAAGUUAUUCUCAAUUGGAUGCAUUAUACACAGACAGUGGACAUCUGGUCUGUUGGCUGUAUAAUGGCUGAAAUGUACACUGGGCGCCCACUUUUCAAGGGAAAUGACCAUCUGGAUCAGCUUACUGAAAUAAUGAAAAUUACGGGAACACCAACACAAGACUUUGUACAGAAGCUUCAAAGUCCAGACGCAAAAAAUUACAUCAAGAGUCUCCCAAAGGUGCAGAAGAAAGACUUUGGAUUAUUACUGAGAUAUGCAAACCCUCUUGCUGUCAGCCUCCUGGAAAAGAUGCUGGUGCUGGAUGCAGAAAAGCGAAUAACAGCGACUGAUGCGUUAUGUCACCCUUACUUUGAGCAGUUCCAUGACUCUGACGAUGAGAUGGAAGCCGAUCCAUACGAUGAUUCAUGUGACAAUCUAGACCUUCCCCUUGAAGAAUGGAGAUGUCUUACUUACAAGGAGCUGACAACAUUUCAUCCGCCGGUGACUGAGUCAAAGGAAACGUCUGUAUAGCCUGUUAUUAACACUGCAACACAAAAAUAGAAUAUAAAUUAUGAGAACUGAACUAUGAAUACUGGAUAACUGGAUGUACUGUGUUAUGAAUCAUUUGUCUCAUUGUGUUUCAUUCCAUUGGGGAGCUAGUGCCUUUUUGUACUUCCUUAUAAGUGGGGGUUUCUGUCCUGCCUGUUUUCCUGCAGAGUGUACUGUAUAAAAGAGGAGUAUUGUGAGCACACUAGUAGCACUGCGUUUGCUCUGCCAGCCUCCUGUGUUAAUAAGCAAUGUGGCCUGUUUCUGUAGCAGUGAGAUAUUGCUGGUACACUGUACUUCUGUAGAUGUAGAUUCAGGGGAGCCCUGAAACAUUCCAAUACACUCUGCAGUAUUCAGAAAAAUAAACCUUUUAAGAAAA